AUGCCGGCUACGGCGGGGAGGGUGCGGAUGCCGGCGAACAACCGCGUUCAUAGCAGCGCGGCGUUGCAGACUCACGGGAUAUGGCAGAGUGCGAUCGGGUACGAUCCCUACGCCCCUGAGAAAGAUUCGAAGGUCAAGGCAUCGGACAGGCCGGAAGCCGAAGGGGGAACGGAGAAUGCCUACGCCAGCUUCCAGGGCCUCCUGGCCCUCGCACGAAUCACAGGGUCCAGCGCUAACGAUACCCGGGGGGCUUGCAAAAGGUGUGGGCGCGUCGGGCACCUGACCUACCAGUGCCGCAACUUCCUUAGCGUCAAGGAGGACAAGGAGAAGGAUGACGUCGCUCUUCAGAGCGCCACCGCUAUGUUCGACAAGAUCAAGAAGGCGAAUGGGCUGAACAAAUGUGAAGAAGGGAGUUCAUCGGAGGAAGAGGAGAGCGAGAGCUCAGACUCUGAUAUGGAUCCGGAGAUCGAGAAGAUUAUUGCGGCGAGGAUGGGGAAGAACAAGAAGAGGGCAGAUAGGCAUGAGGGAUCUGAGAAAGACGGGAAGGGCAGGUCAAGGAAGAGGAGGCACAGAGGUUCAGAUGAUGACGAAGAUGAGGAGAUGAGGAGAAAGGAAAUGAAACGCAGCAGGCACAGAGGUUCAGAUGAUGACGAAGAUGAGGAGGUAAGGAGAGAGGAAAAGAGGCAUGGGAGGAGGCCCAGUGGUUUAGAUGGGGACGAGGAGGCGAGGAGCAAGGAGAAUAAGGAAAGAAGGAGGCAUAGAAGUUCUGACGACGACGAGGGUGAGGAAUCGAGGAGAAGAAGGGAAAGGAAGCAUCGGAGGAGGCGCAGGAGUCCUGAAGACGAGGAGGAGAGGAGGAAGGAGAAGAAGCACAAGAGGAGGCAUGGAAGUUCAGAUGAUGACAGCAGCGAGGAGGAUGACCACCACCGCCGUCACAGGAAGAGUAAGAAAGAGAAGAGGAGUUGUCGCCAUAAGAGAGACGCUUCUGACGAUGAAUCAGAGGAUGCCCCAGACAGGCACCAACGCUCUCGUAGGCAGCGUAGCGGGCGGGAGGAGGGAUCAGACAGUGAGCCAGAAAGCAUCCCUGAUCGCGAAAAGCAUUCUGAUUGGCGCAGGAAGGGGCAUCGCUAUGGCCGUGCAACAGAUGGAGGAGGUAAGCUGUCCAGGAAACGCAACAGCAGCGGCAGUGACUCGGAGGAGGAGGAUGACCCUCGCAUCGCGAAGUCAAAGAAGCACUCCGAAAAGAGAAAGCGGGAACACUAG